CUUUUUGCCUCUCCAUUUAUGAGCAGGAUCUCGGUGGGCGGCAGGAGAAGAUGGAGGGCUAUUGAGGAAGAAAGAAAGGGGAAUACAGCGCAGGUAAGGACAGUCCCUUCGACUCUCUUUCUGCUGGUUUUAACUCAGGUUCGUGGCGGUGGGCUCCAUCCUUUCCCCCCUCCUCAAGGACUCUGCAAAAGGCCACCUGUCAACUGAGCACAACCCUUCAAUGCAUCUGAUAAAAGGGAACUUUAGUCCGAGAGAGCUUAUGCCAUAAUAAACGUGGGGUUUUUUGUUUAAAUGUGUGGGGAACUUUGGGUUGCUGCUACAGCAGCCUGCAAGUGAGUAGAGAUUAUUUCUGAGGCUGCUUUGGAGAACUUACUUGGGGGGUGCAUGCUCUUUAUUUGUAAUUUAUUUGCUUCUUAUUGCUGUGGUGCAUUUUUUUAAAAAUGGUGUGGUGCUAUGGAUUUCUUUCCAGAAGCCUGGCUUAUCACUGAAAGAAGUUGGGUGGCAACUGCAAAAGGAAGGAUGCCAUUGGUGUCAUUCAUUGCUUUCAAAGGGUUUUACUUAGACUAGACGCACUGAAAUUAAUGGACCUAAGUCAGCCCUGUCUAUUAUGCACACAAUGGGUCUGCUCCAAGGAGGAUGAACUUUGGUGACAACUUAAAGGCUGCCGGCCGGACUUUUUCUUGUUCCCCGCCCAAGCAUCCCUUUGGUCAUGUUACGCAAUCGCUAUUUUGUGCAUGCAGCCGCCGGCUCCUUUCAUGCAGCAAACCACAUGCACGAAGAGGGAGAAAAGAAGUAAUUAAGAGCAGAUCUCCCAACAAUGUCCGUGCGUAAUGACGAUCAGCAACCCUGUCUGCAAAAGGACAGCGACAAAUUUCUCUUGUCUGUGAGGUGAAUGUUGAGAAACUUGAUCACCUUGCAGAAGCUACUGUAGCUGGAAUGAGAUAGGAUCUGGGUAAGAUCUGGGCUCUGCCGUGAACUCACUAUGCCUUAUUAGAGAUUUGGGGAGGAGAGGGGCUGGAAUCAAAAACAGCAAUCAUUUCUGUUGUUGUUUUUGUUUAGUCGUUUAGUCGUGUCCGACUCUUUGUGACCCCAUGGACCAGAGCACACCAGGCACUCCUGUCUUCCACUGCCUCCUGCAGUUUGGUUAAACUCAGGCUGGUAGCUUCAAGAACACUGUCCAACCAUCUCGUCCUCUGUUGUCCCCUUUUCCUUGUGCCCUCCAUCUUUCCCAACAUUAGGGUCUUUUCCAGGGAGUCUUCUCUUCUCAUGAGGUGGCCAAAGUAUUGGAGCCUUAGCUUCAGAAUCUGUCCUUCCAGUGGACACUCAGGGCUGAUUUCCUUAAGAAUGGAUAGGUUUGAUCUUCUUGCAGUCCAUGGGACUCUCAAGAGUCUCCUCCAGCACCAUAAUUCAAAAGCAUCAAUUCUUCAGCGAUCAGCCUUCUUUAUGGUCCAGCUCUCACUUCCAUACAUCCCUAUCUAUUAUUAUUAUUAUUAUUGUUAUUGUUAUUAUUAUUAUCAUCAGUAUUCAUAUCACACCACCCUCUAAGCUAGGAUAGAAAUACCUUAUUUGCCCCCCCCUACACACACAACACCCCUAUGAGGUUGGCUAGGCUGAGAGUGGGUGACUGGCCCACUGUCAUCUAGAGGGCUGGCAAAGCGGAGUAGGGAUUUGAAGCUGCCUCUCCCUGACACUCCCUAAGCAUUUGCAGCAUGCUAGAGCAAUAGAGUCCACCAUUCUAACCUUCUAGAUUCUGCAAUUAUUAUGCUAGCUUGUGAAAUUAAUUACUCAGUAUGUAUUACUCUUAAGGAGUGGAGUGCUUCGUACAUUCAAAAGCGCUAUAGAAUGCUCAGUAUUGACUCAGGACUCUGUACUGGAAAUCUAGCAUUUACUUCCAAAAUAUUAAUUAAUCUAAAAUUAACCUAGCCAAACAGUAAACACUGUUUAUUCAAAUAUAAGACUACUCAGUGCCCCUUUAAUCUACAGUUGAACUCUGCUCUGAUUCUGCAGCAUUAGCAAAACAGGAGGAGGAGGAAGGGGGCACUGCUUGUAAAAUCUAAAAACCAUGGAGAAAGUGGGAUAAAGUUUAACUGCUGUCAGUCCUGUCAUAGCUUAUUAACUUUCUUAACCACCACAGUCGUCUUCUAAACUUCUUGGUUUUUUUUCUUUUUCUGAGUCCUAAAUUACUUGGCAAAGAAGGACCCAACGUGUUUUUUGGCAAAGACAAACCACAAACAGAUUUAUGAACACUCUAAAUAAUGAAAGAGUGGGCUUAUUUAUUUGGAACAAUAGACUCAGUAGCGUGUCAGAUUUCAGUUUUUAAUACCUGUCAACACGAACUCUCUCCCCUCCCCACAUUCACUAAAAGAAAGAAGCUGCGAAGGAAUGUUAUUUUCUUAAAAAACAAACAAGAAACCCCUGCAGAGUUGUUGCGUGUGUGUUUUUUUAAAAAAAUAAUACGAAGGACCUUUCCUGUACUGUUUCUAAGGCAGGCUUUAUUCUAAACAAGUCCUGAGGUCAAAGAUACAAAUUUGUGACGUCUCAUCUUGACACGAUAACUUGUGUUGUGUUCUGUUCCCUACAGUUUUGUUUGUCCACGCUUGCUGUUGCGUCAAGGUCUCCAUGCAGGAUGGAAGGAACAGGAAGACGCAACCCCUGUUUUCUAGGAUUUCUGCUUGGGUUCUGCUGGGCCGUUUUUCCUCGCAGCAGUGCGUGUCCUAAGCACUGCGCCUGCUAUGUACCCACUGAAGUACAUUGCACAUUCCGGUAUUUCACUACCAUCCCAGCACAAAUCUCCCCAAAUGUGGAGCGCAUCAACUUAGGGUAGGUUUACAACAAUAUUGCUUGACUUUGUAAUGUGCGGUAAGGAGAACCAGUUGCCCCCACCUGCUACAACUAACAUGCCAUAGUAGACUUAACUGGGGCACACACUUAUCCGUGAAGCCCCAUUUCAUUGACUUGGAAGAGAUCAAAGACCACCUUGCUUCAUUCCUUGCCAAUCCGUGUAUCAACUUUCACUUGAAUUAAGCUCUGAUUCAUUUGAUCGACUGAGACAUUAACCAAGUUUGAACUUGCCUAUGAUGACAGGGUGGACCGUCUGUGUGUUUGUCAUCACAUGAGUUUUCUCUCUUUCCCGUUUUGUUGUUUUUUCAUACUGGCAGCCUUGUACCUGUUUUGGAUGUGAUACUAAGCAAUGUUUUAGCGUUACAUACAGAAGCAACAAUAGGCCUGAGGCUCAUUCACUUCUCCUCUUAUGAUGCAGCCACAAUAUUAUCAGAAGCAAUGGUAUCUAGGUUUUUGUUUUUGUUUUAAAUAGCUAGAGUACAUCCCUGGCAGCUCAGUGUCAUGGGAAUUGCAGGUCCCAUGAUGCUUAGCUGCCCUGGCUGCUCCAAGUAUAGUAUUCCGAUGAAAGCCUCAGGGUUAUCCUAUCGAAUACCAUAGGUAUGGUAUGACUGAAGAAAGGUCUGGGGAGCUGUUACUUAUUUAAAGAUUUCCUCUCCUUGCAUUUCAGCUAGAAAAGUUCCCAAAGUGGCUUACAAGUCACUUCUUCUUUAAAAAAUGUUUCUGCCCUCAGAUUUACACUCUAAAAAUGGACAGCACCAAAGGAAAAUAGAUAGGGAGGGAGAAGGAAAUAAGCUGUUCUGAGUAAAAGUUCUUAGUUGCAAGUGCCUCUAAUGACCAGUGCAGAUGGAGACACCAAAAAUGGUUGGUCUGCACUGAUCAUUUGCUUCUGUAUCCUGUAGUGCAGGACCUCCAUACUCAUGCAAACUCUCCUUACCUGUCUGCACUAUAGGUAGCUUUAGGGAUAGGCAUAGAGUAAGAUUGCAGGGGAAGGCACCAGUGCCUGAUUUGGAUUCAGUAAAUGACUUGUGUCAAUGCAGGUUCAAUACCCUGUUCACAGUGCAGGUUACAUUCGACGGUGCUUUGGUGAGGGGAGGCCCUGGCUCUGCCCAGUGGACCUUCUUACUACUUCCACUGAAACUUGCAAGCUAGCAAGGAGUCACUGUGACAGAUAACUAGAGCUGGACAUGAACCCUUAUUGUGAAUACUAAAGAGCACUAAGACGUUAGGCUUUAAGGUAUAAACCCUGCCUAAACUAUUCCAGGGUCUUUGCUGAUGACUUAGGAGGUAUGCUUCAUGGAAAGCUUGAUAGCAUUUUAUUGUUUACAUUGUGAAUUUGUGAGUAUCUACUAUAUAGUUUGGAAAGUUGUUGGUUUGCUGUGCUUUGGGAGCUCCAGCAGGGAAGUGGAAUAUAUCUAUUUUAAGUAAAUAAAGUAACCUGUAUAAUCACAAGUCAUAGACAUUCAUUCCAGGGGUGCGCAUACCUACAAAUUUCCAUCUGCCACUGUACUGAUAAAGCUAUUCUGAAAAUGACAUGGCAAGUUUUAACUAAAAUUUAUUUGCUUAUUUGCAAAAGAGAGACUCUGUUUUUGUUUGUUUGUUUUGCCUUUGAACUAUAGCUGACUGACUAAACCCAGAUCUGGAAUGAAAUGUUUGUUACAGUUACAACAGUUUGGUUAAACUGACUGAAACAGAUUUUUCUGGCCUGGAGAAGUUGGAGUUGUUGAUGUUGCACAGUAAUCAGAUACAUACAAUUCAAGACAGGACAUUCUCUGAUUUGCGCCGGUUGCAGGUAAGAAUGAACUGGGAAUUAUCCAUCAUUGGUUCUGCAUAGAGCUGUGCCAAAUUCUUACCUUCGGCCCUUUUAAAAACGAAUAGCAUACAUACUAUGGGUGCAGGUUUACAGCCUAACUUCAGUUUUAAAAGUUGUUCUCACUGCUGAACCAACUUCCCCCUUGCUUUAAUGUAACAUUUGAAUAUGGUUGACUUUUAUUCUUCAGAUGGUGUUCCUAUUUUGCUCAAUUUUUAAAAUAUUAUUAUUAUUCUGUCAACAGGUCUUGAAGAUGAGCUAUAACAAAGUCAAAGUUAUUGAAGCAGGCAUGUUUCAUGGUCUCAUGAGUUUGGUACGGUUGCACAUGGAUCAUAACCAAAUUGAAUUUGUAAACCCCAAAGCUCUCUAUGGCCUUACAUCACUGAAACUAGUCCACUUGGAAGGAAAUUUGCUCAAGCAGCUUCACUCGGAUACUUUUGUCACCUUCUGCUACCUCCAGAUGUUCAAAACAUCCUCCAUAAAGCAUAUCUACUUGUCUGACAACUUGCUUUCUUCUCUGCCUCGAGACAUUUUCAUAUAUAUGUCCGAGUUAGAAAGCCUCUUCCUUCACGGGAACCCUUGGGCUUGUGACUGCGAAAUGAAAUGGUUUGGUGAGUGGGCGGAACGGCAACCAGGUAUCAAAUAUUCUCUUUUUAUUUAUAUACUCAACUUGCAUUUAUUUCUGGAAGCAUUUUUACCUUCCUCUGACAAGGAUUCCAAAAUGGUUUCCAUAAAAUAAAAAAUAAAAAUAGUAGGAGGUUCAUGUGGCUGUUAAAUAGUCCAUUUGAAGCCUUUGCGGUUACUCUGUGUAUUGUAUUAUGUGCCAGUUAUCCCAUAAUGUAAUAGCAUUAAAGCAAUUUAAGAACAUAUUACACCAUUGAUAUCAGAAAUCACAAAAAUGCAGAACCACCGACAAGGAAUAAAACACCAUGCUAGCCAUAGUCCAAUAGUCUAAGCACUAUUAUUAAGGGCUAAAAACAACCCACCACCAUAAAAGCAGAGACUGAAAUAUUGCUAUCAAUGUUUAAAUGGUGUUAAAAGCAGAUACAAUUAUGUUAAAAGGCUUGGGAGAACAACAAAAAAGUAUUUGCUGUUGAAAAUGCAUUAAUGUAGGUGGCAGGUGAGCCCCCACCCCACCCAGAUAGCUUGUCCUGCAACAAGGGGACCACCAAUAAGAAUUCCUUUUCCCCCAAUAGCUACACUCUCUACUUCAUAUUGAGAGGGUAAAGGUAAAGGGACCCCUGACCAUUAGGUCCAGUCGUGCCCGACUCUGGGGUUGUGGCGCUCAUCUCGCUUUAUUGGCCGAGCUUCCGGGUCAUGCGGCCAGCAUGACUAAGCUGCUUCUGGCGAACCAGAGCAGCACACGGAAACGCCGUUUACCUUCCCACCAGAGCGGUACCUAUUAAUCUACUUACACUUUGACGUGCUUUCGAACUGCUAGGUUGGCAGGAGCAGGGACCGAGCAAUGGGAGCUCACCCCGUCGCAGGGAUUCGAACCGCCGACCUUCUGAUCAGCAAGUCCUAGGCUCUGUGGUUUAGCCCACAGCGCCACCCGUGUCCCACUCUUCCUGAAAAGGGCCAUUGGUUCUGUUGGCAGUGCUACUUAACCAGCUAUUUCCCCACAGAACAUGUGUAAGAAAAUACCUCAAACUGCCGGAGGUCUCCUUUAAGCUAUUCUAAUUUUCGCCAGCACUUUAAUUUUCAGUGGCCAGGAAUCACAGCACCGCAAUAAUUGUUAGGAUUUUCAGCAUAGCAUCGCAUACCUUAAAGAAAAGAAAAUCUGAGAGACCACAUCCUCCUUCAAAUAAAAUCUAACCACUAGGGCUAACAGCUGAUUAAAUAAAUCUUACGUUGAUCAGACGCAAGGCUGAUGGUUCUGAAAAAGCACAUGGAUUUUGUUUUAAGAUUGUGCUUGAGUGCAUCACGCCUGGCACAUUAGAUGAAGCUUUCCCUCAAGUGUGCCUGCAACCUAGUUUUUGUACAGUUUUACUGUCAUCAGUACUUGUAUUCACUAAAAAAUCUGAUGCCAGAUUAAUUGGGGUGCCCUUUUUAUUAAAGAAAAUGUUGCAGCCUUCUUGAUCAUAAAUACAGAAUAUUUUAAUGUAUUUCAUUUUACAUUAGAGCACUUUCAAGUUUGCAGAGUCAGUCACAUUUUCUUUAUUAAUGGAACAGUAGAAGAAGAAGAAGAAGAAGAGUUUGGAUUUGAUAUCCCGCCUUUCACUCCCUUUAAGGAGUCUCAAAGCGGCUAACAUUCUCCUUUCCCUUCCUCCCCCACAACAAACACUCUGUGAGGUGAGUGGGGCUGAGAGACUUCAAGGAAGUGUGACUGGCCCAAGGUCACCCAGCAGCUGCAUGUGGAGGAGCGGAGACGCGAACCCAGUUCCCCAGAUUACAAGACUACCGCUCUCAACCACUACACCACACUGGCUCUCAGUAGAGUUUGCUAUAUUUGAAUCCAUUGUUUUCAUAACUAAUUGUAAACAGAAGGGAUUUUCCCCCUGGACUGCUUCACCAAAAGAUGUGUUUGACAAAUGAUUCCCUGGAAAGAUAAUACAGAAAUGAGAAUUUUCACCAAAAUGGUCUAGAGAUUUGACAGCUCUUGAAUAGAACUUCCACAGGAAUCUAGCCUUUGUUCCUCUCUUGUUUAUAUUAUCCCAAAGUUAUAAGAGAAAAAUGCAACUUCCUCCCCCUUCUCUGGUAUGUGGCAAGAAGCUUGUGUUACAAACUUCACAUUAUGGAGCUGCCAAAAACUUUAAAUGAAUAAAAUAGAACAAUCUCAAAUAAAACUGUGUCUGGCAAAAUUCCUCCCCCAAAUAUGUAUUUGCCGCCGUUUAAAGAUAUAACCACAGAUAGGUUACUGUUCUGAUCCUACAGCAUAUGUUUUUAUUGCAAAAACUUGUAUAAAUGAGUAACAGACAGAACAACAACGUGUUCUAAUAUAUUUCCAAUUACAAUACCAAGUAGAAAAAUGGAAUACCUCUUAAAAAUGAUAUGUUCAACUCUUGUUUGAAAUAAUUUGAAACCCAUGGUGGAAGCAUUCCUAACCAGUGGGGUGGGAGAGUAGAUAUUUUCUAUCAUUGGGAACUAUUUUGUUGCUAGACCGGUGGUGGGCAAGGAACGAACAGUUUUCUGAAUGCAAUUAUGCAUUUGCAUGCCUUUUAGAAAGUGGGGGGGGGGGGAAUCUAGGGCCAAGAACAUGCGCAUUGAAGCAAGAUGGGAACUAGAGAUAACACAGAACCGAAGUUCAGAUUCCAACAUAAACUUUGGGCAAUGGGCAUUAAACUUGUAGCCUUACCCAAAUCUGUCUUCUCUGUUCUUGUUUAAUUUUUCUAAUGUCUACAUCUAGCAUCCUCUUGCCCCUGUGCUGAUUCUGAGGGCUGAGUCCUAGGCCUUUGUCCUUGUUCUGGUUCCUUUCCUUCCCAUUCUGUAGUAACCAUGGCUAAUCAUCAAUUACUGUACUGGCUGGCUCCUAAACAGAUCCAAAUGAUUGCUGACUGAGGUCUGUCAUAUUUCAUGGACACCAGAAAUAUCUAUCAGCAUAACAGGACCUGUUGCUUUUAUGCGUGAAUCAGUCAAGCAAAAAUGAUUUUUACCGUUUCUAUCUCCUUUCCAGAUGUUGUCAAGUGCAAAAAAGACAGAGGUGUUUCUGGUGUUCUGCAAUGCCCAUUGUGUGCCAAUCCUGGAAUUUUUAAAGGCAAGCAGUUAAGCAGCAUGCAACCCUCAGAUUUUAAUUGUGUUAAGCCAACUAUAGACCCAGCCUUGAAACUGAAAAACAUCACUGCUCCCGGUGAUGGUGGCUUUACGUCAGUUUCUCCCAGAGAUUUUAUGGCUCCCAUAGGAUCCAUGGUAUUCAACAUGACAGACCAAGCUGGAAAUCGAGCAAACCUGAUCUGCAAUGUGCAAAAGCCUGCAAAGAUGUCUCCAGUUACACUAAACAAAAUCGACAACACCACAGUACUUGAAGUAUCCUUCUCAACAUUCCUUGUGUGUAGCAUUGACCACGAGUAUAUUCAGCAGUUGUGGAGCCUCCUGGCCCUUUACAGCGAUUCUCCGUUAAAACUGGAAAGGGAACUGUUAUUGACAGAAGUGCCUUACAUCAGUUAUAAGUACAAGCAAACAGACUCCAAAAAUGACGAGCUAUUCACUGAUGUAGAAACUGAACUGAGAGCUGAGCCUUACUGGUUGAUGCAGGAACAAGUUUCAUUGCAGCUGGACAGGACUUCAACCACUCUCAACACUCUGCACAUCCAGUAUUUCACAAAUGCUCAAAUUGCCCUCCCAGUGAAUCUCCCAAAAUCGGAACGGCAAAACUGGGCCAUGAUCUUACAAGAAAACACCACAAUAACUGAAUAUACCGUUUUAGUAGGGGGGUCUGUGGAACUGGACUGCCAAGCGCUUGGAGACCCUACCCCUGUAAUUGAGUGGGUAUUAGCAGAUGGGAGCAAGAUUAGAGCACCAUAUAUUAGUGAAGAUGGGAGAAUCGUGAUAAAAAAAUCUGGAAAACUCAUGUUGCGUGCAGCAGAUAAUUUUGACAGUGGCGUUUAUCACUGUAUAGGAACCAAUUAUGUUGAUGCUGAUGUCCUGACUGUUAGGAUUACUGUGAUAGAUCCUUAUAUAGAACACAGCCAUUUAAACGGCCCUCAAUUUUCCAUAUUUUUAGGUGACACACUUCACCUUCCAUGCCCGUCUACAGGUGCCCCAGAUGCCCCUGUUACCUGGAUCUUACCUGAGCACAUGGUUCUUCACCACUCUUCAAAAAACAAGCUUCUUUUUCACAACGGCACAUUAAAAAUACAAAGAACAACAGACCGGGAUGGUGGUUACUUCACGUGUGUCGCUGCUAAUAAGUAUGGCGUUGAUAUUUUGGUUUACCAAGUAGUAGUUGAAAGGAAUUUGAACAGGACACAAAAACUCGAUAUUCAGCUAGAGGAUGAAGCAGCAGAAGGAUCUGGCAAUGAAGAGUACAAAGUUACCACCAAACCUCAAAAUCCUUCAUCUGCCAGGCAAACCCAAGUAAGCAGCGAGGAACCCACUAAAGAUUCAUAUAUAAAUCAGCCCACGCAGAACAAAGCCAGUGCCAAUCGCAAAGAGAUUUACAGGCGCAACAAGGACAAGACGAACAAACGGUUUAGAGGGCGCCUGAGGCAAUUUGAUCCUUCCACUAGGAGAAUUGAUCCAUUGCGCUGGGCAGCAUUUUUGGAAAAAACGAAGAAAAAAGCCACUUUUCCAAGAAAGCAAGAAAACGCCACAGCAAAACCAACAGUAAAGGUUCUGUUGUCCUCAAAGACUUCUGAAAAUCUGGAAGAGACAUCUGGAGAUGAUAUAUUUCCAGAGGAAGGAUUUAUUCUACUAGCAACUAAAAGACCUGCGAUAUCCACUCUGAGAGAAGCCUCUGGAAAUGUAGUGACAGCAGAAUUUGGAAGCAUGUCAAAUGAUUUCCGUUCUUUGGCAACAUCCAGCAUGGUUACAGAAACCACAACUCCAGUAACCAGCCCAGUGGUUAUGAAUUACAAGACACCCAAGAACCAGAAGUUACUUUCAGAACUUAAACUUGAAAAAACUUCUCUCGAAGCAUCUCAAACACUAUCUACCAACAUGGAGCCAUUAACAACACCAUCUUAUAGUCCACCAAGUACUUCUACAGAAGCUUUAAGUACUUUUCAGAGCUCGAUAUCAUCUGGGAGAAACAAUUUGCAUCUAAAAGCCACACCAACAAUUACACCAGCAAUGAAUAUUACCAAGAGUACCCUGUCUGCAGCUACCCACAAAAAUACUGAAAAACCUGAUUUAUUUACAGAGGCAACUGAGAAAGUAUCAAAGAAAUCCAAUCACCAGGUAUCUCUAGUGACAGCCAAUGUUCCUGAUGAUGAUGUAUUUAGUCAUAUGCAUGCUUACAGUACACAAAAAAUAGUGCCUCGGUUACCUUCAAGCUCAACCAUCGUCACUCACCAGCAGAUUAAGGUAGUUGGGGGUGCUACAACUCACAACCCACCACUCCCCCCCAGGCAGUAUAGCAGACGAAGAAAAAUCUCUAAUAGAAGACGAAUAAUUAGACCUGGCCGUAUUUCCAACAUUGCAGGUCAUAGAUUUGCUUUUGUUAAAUCACGGUUUGCUCAAGCAAGUACAACUCUACCUCCUCCUGUAGAAGUGAGCACACCUGCAUUAUCUCCUCCCAAAAAAUCUCUUGAACAGACUGUCUCUCAAGCCCCUGUUUCCACUUCAUAUAAAACUCAUCACCCAGAAGCAACAACUGCAAAUCAGUUUUGGGCAUUCUCAAGAAGCAAACUGGUUGCAGCUGAAGAGCAUACAACUUCAACAACAAUCCCCUUCUAUCCUGAAAGCACGCAAGUUGUAUCGCACCGAGAAGCAAAAUCUGCUGCAGCAUUACAAGGAAUCACCGACGCAAACCCAUCAUUUAGCAUCAGACUCCCAACAGCAACUAUCCAUAGUCCCAGGACUGGCAUGGAAACCACAUCUGCCAUGUCACCUUUGGUUAUGAAAUCUACCCUUUCCGCUCUUGGAACUAAGGCCUCUUCCGUUGUUUCAACAGGGGGAAUUCCUUUGCAUAGUUUCUUUGGAAGCAAUGGUGCACAAAAGCAGCUACUGGAGAAGGAACCCAAGUUGCAAACAAGCAGAGAACCCUCACCUAGAGUAUCUGCUUUGCCUCUCCAAACUACAGUUCCAAUGCCAGCAUACACAACAUCACCCACAUAUAAAAGGGCUGUUUCAAAGACUGAGAACCGAACUGAUGAUCCCCUAAUUCAACCCACCAGUGACAAUAUGAUGGUAGUAAAACUAGUCCCCCUCCUAUCGCCUGAUGCUGCAAAAUUGCCAUCUUCAGCCUUUGCCUCCAAUCUUACAACUGUUCUAGGAAAAGAAACAGAUGCCGCCACCAGCAUCCUACCAAUUCUCUUUCCAACUACUACUGUCCGUGUUAAAACUAACGUUGCCAGAUUCAGAGCGUUAAGACCAGGCAGAAGGAGGGGUCAGAGGAGGAGAAGGCCUCUGAAAAACCCUGUGUCUUCAUACAGAAACAUCAUUCUCAGCAAAGGUUCUGCUACGGUGUCCAAAAAACCCACGGCUUCUCCUUCUUUAACAACAGCUGAAAGCAUAAGGGAAGCUGCCAGCCCCCUAACAGAUGAACUGUUUUCAAAAUCCACUAGUAUGGAUGCCAUUAGAACUACACAACGGACACCCAGUCUUGGCACAACUGACACAGUUGCAGAGAAUAAAUCCACACCAGCUACUCAGAUAAGGAAUAUCCCUACCGAAAAUACGGUCACUACUGAGAUAGCAGUGGGUAACUCGUCUUCUGAAAAACCUGUGACUGUGAUCCCACUCACUGUAUCGUUCUUGGACACAGCCAGCACAAUCUCAGCGAUACCAGGCACAUCCUUGGUAACACGGGCGCCAGAGUCCAGCAGACUAACUCUGGCUACUACAGUGGGUGCUGAUAAGGAAUCAGAACAGACUGUAGGAUGGGAAGCUAGCAAAAAAGGCCAAACAACAAAAGCAGCUUUUUCUCUUAAAACUGAGAUGAGUACCCAAACUCCUACUAAUGCAAGAUACCCCAGCACACAGUCUCCUAGCCCAUUAGCACCCCAAACAACGCUCAUGCCGGCUAUCACACCAACCACUGCAUCUCCCAGGCAGGGGGAACUGUCUUGGCAGGAGGCUGCAGAAAGUGGCAAAACUUUCACGGUCAGCACAUUGGGCAGAUUUAAGUCCCCACAGAGCUCCACUCAAUAUACUCCUUUGUGGACGAAGGAUAAGAACAAUCAGGUGAAGAAUUGGGCUGAGAAGACCAUAGACCAGGAAGUCGCUACCACCAAUCAGAUAACCUUAGAUUUGUUCCACCAACGCAGGGGGGCAAGACCCUGGAUAAUUGGAGGGAAACUGGCAGCGUUUACGGUCUUGGCUAAUUCAGAUGCUUUCAUCCCUUGCGAAGCCAGUGGGAACCCUCGGCCAAUAAUACACUGGACCAAGGUAUCAUCAGGUACGUUUCUCAAGUUUACAUGGAAUAUUUCUUUUUCCUUUUUUAUAUAUACACAAGAUACAAGCUAGGAUAUAGUGUGGGCAGUAUUAAUAUCUUAAGAAUGCUUGUAGCCCUAGGGUUGGGUUUUGAGGGUGCAAUGAGAACCAUUGUGUUGUAGAGAUUCGUGUGUUGGGCUAGGACUGGGGGGACUCUGGUUCAAAAGUGUGUGGCCCUGGGGCAGCCAUACUCUCUGCAAUAGCCGCCUUCUCCACCAGGCAAUUGUGAGGACAAAAUGGAGAGCGGGGGGAAAGAGACGCAUGUAUUACCCUGAGCUCCUUAGAGGAAAUGUGGUUUUAUAAAUACAAUUGUGCCUUUGAACACAGUUGUAGAAAUCCUUUCUUCUUCCGUGGGACUUGAAAAGCAGUAUUGGGGAAGGGUCAUAACUCAGCCGUAGGGCUGGGCGAUAUAUCAAUAUAUCACCCCAAACCAGUUUGAAGUCCGUAUUGUGAUAUUGGUUUUGUAAUUUUUGACCUGGCAAUAUUUCACAAAUCGUUAUCUCUGUGUGUGUGUGUGUGUGUGUGUGUGUGUGCGCGCGCGCGCUAUGCAAAAAUGACAAUACAGGAGAAACUGUGAAGCCAGCCAGUGCCUCUACAUAGCUCCAUCCUUAUUUCAGACUGAUAUAUCAUGAUAUUUUGCUGGGGAUAUAUCACCAUGUUGAAAACCAGAUAUCGCCCAGCCCUACUUAGCAGUAGGGUAUGUGCCUUGCAUGUGGAAGGUCCCAGGGUCAACCUCUGUGAUCUCCAGAAACAUCUGGGAGAGGCUGCUGCCUGCAGAGCCACUGCCAGUCACUGAGUUAGAUGAGCCAAUGGUCUGACUCUGUAUAAGGCAGCUCCCCAUGUUCUUAUUCUGAUGCAGGGCUGCAACUCUGAUGACUUACCUACAUUUUACUUCUACUUACUAUAUAACUCUACAUACGAAAGGAUAAUUUGACAUUACCGUAUUUACUCGACACGGGUGGCACUGUGGGUAAAACCUCAGCGCCUAGGACUUGCCGAUCGCAUGGUCGGCGGUUCGAAUCCCCAUGGCGGGGUGCGCUUCCAUCGUUCGGUCCCAGUGCCUGCCAACCUAUCAGUUCGAAAACACCCCCGGGUGCAAGUAGAUAAAUAGGGACCGCUUACCAGCAGGAAGGUAAACGGCGUUCCGUGUGCUGCGCUGGCUCGCCAGAUGCAGCUUGUCACGAUGACCACGUGACCCGGAAGUGUCUGCGGACAGCACUGGCUCCCGGCCUCUAGAGUGAGAUGAGCGCACAACCCUAGAGUCUGUCAAGACUGGCCUGUACGGGCAGGGGUAGCUUUACCUUUACCUAAUGUGCCAUUGAAUCUAACGUGCACCUCAAUUUUCAGAACCUUGAAACCAAAAAAAGUAUUUGCUGGCAAAUGUAAAUGUGCCAUCGAAUCUCAUGUGCACCUUAAUUUUUGCAACACAAUUUGGCCAAAAAAGGUGAGCAUUAGAUUCGAGUAAAUACGGUAGUUUAUUAAAGUGGGGUUUUUAGGAUGAAAAGUUUAGAAAAGGGAUGAAGCACAAAAGCAAUAGAAAUGCAGUACAAAAACCAAAAUAAAAACCAUUUGACCUGCCAAGCAAAUCAAAAAAGUAAGAUUUUAAUACAGAGAUUAGGCUAAUUUUAUUUCCAUCUCUUUCAACUAGGGGUUGAUGCGUCAAAACACAAGCGUGAUAACAGAUUUGAGGUUCUUCCCAACGGGACUCUCUCCAUCCAGAACGUCAACAUCCAGGACCGCGGACAGUACCUCUGUGUGGCUGCCAAUCAGCAUGGUUCCGACAGGCUUCUUAUCACAUUGUCGGUGGUGACUUAUCCACCUCGAAUCCUGGAGGGGAGGUCCAAAAUUAUUACUGUUCACUCUGACAAGCCAGUAGCCCUGAAAUGCACUGCCGAAGGCCGUCCCAUUCCUACCGUAUCAUGGAUCCUUGCAAACAAAACUUACAUCUCAGAAUCUUCUAUGGGAAAUGAGGCUGUUUCUGUGCAAGCAGAUGGCACGCUGGUGAUAAAGAAAGCCAGUGUUUACGACAGAGGGAUUUACACAUGCACAGCAAGCAACGCAGCUGGUUCAGAUACAAUGACAGUGAGGCUGCAAGUUAUUGCUGCGCCACCCAUUAUACUGGAAGAGAAGAAGCAACGUAUGUUGGAGAAUAUUGGGGGAAGCUUGAAGCUGCCCUGCACUGCCAAAGGAAACCCACAGCCCUACGUUCACUGGGUUCUCUUCGAUGGAACAGAGGUGAAGCCUUUGCAGUAUAUAAAUGGCAAAUUUUUCCUUUUCCCUAAUGGAACCCUUUACAUCAGGAAUAUCAGCCCUUCUGACAGUGGGAAUUAUGAAUGCAUAGCCACCAGCUCCACCGGCUCAGAGAGGAGAGUGGUCAUCAUCCAGGUAGAACAUAGCGACACAGUCCCCAGAAUCACAGUUUCAUCUCAAAGACUGACUCAGCUGAAUUUUGGGGACAGGUUGCUUCUGAACUGCUCAGCUACAGGGGAGCCAAGACCCAAGAUAAUAUGGAGAUUACCUUCAAAAGCUGUUGUUGAUCAGUGGCACAGGUAGGUCUCGUGAAAAUCGCAGCAUUACUUAUUUGCUUGAUUAGCCACCAUAUUUUUCCGUGUAUAACACGCCCCCCAUGUAUAAGACGCCCCCUAUUUUGGGGGGCUCCAAAUUGAGAAAAUGGGGGGAGAUUGUAUCCAUGUAUAAGGCGACCCACAAUUUUGAAUAUAAUUUUUUAAUAAAAAAACCAACCCUAGUCCUAUACACGGAAAAGUACGGUAUAUUGUAACCAUUGGAUUUCAUAUUGGAUAGUGUUGUGCUGGAGGAGAACGAUAAAGCUUCUGGGACAAAUGAACUGUUCUGCCUUUGUGUCAAAGAGGGCUGAAUCAAACAAAUGAAUUUCUUGACACCCUUUGCUGAGCUGCUCUGGUACUUUGGUAUGAGGGGUGUCGAGCUGUCAUUUGCUGAGUGACUUGCAGAACAAUCCAAACCCUCCUUACACCAGGCUGUGGAGUGGUAGUGGUUGAAUUUGAUGGAAGUGUUUCUCAGCCAACUCUGCUGGCUAAGUCAGCUCUCUUGCCAGCCGCCAGCCAUUGCCCUGACCUUUCUACCCAGAUGCUGUGAGAGACACGACUGCAGAUGCAGUUGUGGUCUUUGCAUUCCUUUAAACUCCACUAACAGGUGUGGAAGCUUUGGACUACACCUUUAGAUGCCAGAGCAGUACAGUGCUACAGUAUUUAAGAAUGAGACUGACGAUAUAAGGGUUGAAGCACAUUUUACCAUACUGUCCCAGUCCAGUUAGGGCUGUCUUCACCACAGCCACUUCAGGGACAAGCAAGGCUCCUAUGAGCUCUUGUUUGUAAAUGUAUUAUUUCCAUUAAAACCUCAUUCCUAGGUUGGGUGGUUGUAGCUCCACAGCAUCAAUAUCAUAGUAUUUUAUUUUAUUUUAUUUUGGCCGAGUUUGCUUUAACUCAUAGUAAUACAGUUCUGCCCAACGUUUUGGCCACUAACCAUCAAUUGAGUUCUUAAGUGAAGCCAGUGGUUUCCAUAUUAGAGCUUGGCAGUAACAAAUCUUGUGAUCUCUAGACUGACCUAAACAAAGCAUCUAAAUCCAAACAGAUUGCAGAUCCCUGGAGUCUGGUCCACAUAAUUAACAUCUGCCAGCUCUCUGCAAGGCUUCCAAACAGAAUGAGCAGAGGAGUGAUAUGUUUGCACUUUCCUGAUCCAAAACUAGUGCAUGUCAUAUGAAGAACAAGUAGGCUUGCAGUUCGCUCUUACAUUUGACAAAGGAGAUUUCCCACCAAGUCAAGCUGUACCUAUAGAUGGGGGGAGAGGGGCUUCCAAAGGCUUCCACACAACCUGGAAUCCUGCACAAUUCUGAUAUAAGCCAACAUGGAAGCCUUUGCACAUACAUCUAUGUGUGUAGCCCCCCCUCACCUUUGUGCAGAAGUUCACACAAUAUGCACAGUUGCCAUGGGAGGAGUUGCUUGAUGCAGCCGUACUCUCCACUCAUGACUCCUGAAGAGGACUCAAAGGAACUUCCAAAUGCUUCUACUCAAUGCACUCAUAUCUUAGCUUGUCUUUAAUGUCAUUGAGAAUCAGCAGUUUUACAGUUACGGUCUCUGUAUUUUUUGGCAUAUAAGGUUCUGGUUGUGGGCUUCCCAUAGGCAUGUGGUUGACCGCUGUCAAAACAGAAUUCUGGACUAGAUGGGCCUUUGGCUUCUCCCAGAAGGGCUCUUUUUAUGUUCUUAAGCAGGCAUAGGCAAACUCGGCCCUCCAGAUGUUUUGAAACAAUUCCCAUCAUCCCUGACCGCUGGUCCUGUUAGCUAGGGAUGAUGGGAAUUGUAGUUCCAAAACAUCUGGAGGGCCAAGUUUGCCUAUGCCUGUUCUUAAGUAUAACGGACUAAAUACCUUUCCUUUCUUCCAUUGCUUUUUAGAAUGGGGAGUCGAAUCCAUGUGCAUCCCAAUGGAUCGUUGGCUGUUGAAAGAGUCACAGAAAAGGAUGCUGGUGACUAUAUAUGCGUGGCUAGGAAUAAAAUGGGAGACGACUUGAUCCUAAUGAAAGUCAGCGUGACAAUGAAGCCUGCAAAAAUCGAUCAAAAGCAGUAUUUUAAGAAACUGGUGCCUUACGGGAAGGACUUCAAAGUGGACUGCAAAGCUUCCGGGUCCCCUGAACCAGAGAUAUCUUGGAGUUUGCCAGACGGCACAAGGAUCAACAACGUGAUGCAAGCAGAUGACAGUGGGCACAGGUCUCGUAGGUACACUCUGUUUGACAACGGGACACUGUAUUUCAGCAAGGUGGGAAUAGCUGAAGAGGGUGACUACACGUGUUAUGCUCAAAACACACUUGGGAAAGACGAAAUGAAAGUGCACAUAACAGUGCUAGCAGCGGCGCCACGGAUCAAGCAGAAUUCCAAGACCUAUGCAAAAGUCAGAGCAGGAGACACUGCAGUUUUCAACUGUGAAACCACUGGUCAACCUAAGCCGAACAUUUUCUGGUUGUUGCCUUCCAAUGACAUGAUUUCAGCUUCCAAUCACAGGUAUUUUCUUCACAUUAAUGGAUCCUUGUCCGUCACAAAGGUGAGGCUCAUAGAUGCUGGAGAAUACAUAUGUGUUGCUCGCAACUCUGGUGGAGAUGAUACAAGGCUUUAUAAACUUGAAGUAAUCUCUAAACCGCCUCUCAUCAAUGGGUUGUAUACAAACAAGACUAUCAUUAAAACAACAGCCAUAAAACACUCAAAGAAACAAAUAGACUGCAGAGCUGAAGGAACGCCCAUACCCCAAAUCAUGUGGAUUAUGCCUGACAAUAUUUUCUUAACAGCCCCAUACUAUGGGAGUAGAAUAACAGUACACAAAAAUGGGACUCUUGAAAUUCGUAACGUAAGGUCUUCAGAUACGGCAGAGUUUGUCUGUGUGGCACGUAACGAUGGCGGAGAAAGCAUAUUGGUGGUCCAGCUGGAGGUGUUAGAAAUGCUUAGGAGACCAAUGUUCAGAAAUCCAUUUAACGAGAAAGUAAUAGCAAAGGCUGGGAAAACUGCCUUUUUGAACUGCUCUGUAGAUGGAAACCCCCCUCCCGAGAUAAUCUGGAUGUUACCCAAUGGAACAAGGGUUUCCAGUGGUUUUAGAACACUCCAUUACUUCUUGGGGGACAAUGGCACCCUUGUCAUCUACAGUCCUUCCAAAGCAGAUGCAGGCAAGUACCGGUGUGCUGCUAAAAAUAAAGUUGGCUACAUUGAAAAGUUGGUCAUAUUGGAAGUUGGCCAGAAACCCACCAUCUUUAUCCACCCAAGAGGAACAAUAAAAAGCAUAAGUGGGGAACUGUUAUCCCUUCACUGUCUUGCUGGCGGAAGCCCCAAGCCAAGCAUAAUAUGGACAGUCCCCAAUGGUGACGUCCUAGACCGGCCUCAGAUUAAUGGGAGAUAUAUGUUACUAGAAAAUGGCACCCUCAUUAUCAGAGAAACCACCAUCCAUGACAGAGGAAGUUAUGCAUGCAAAGCUCAGAACUACGCUGGUGAUUCAACGGUAGUUGUUUUUGUAAUUAUUGUGGCACACCCGCCACGGAUUACAAACAGACCGCCAAGGAAUAUCCGCACAGUGGCUGGGGUACCAGUUCAGCUUCACUGCAUGGCACUGGGAAUACCAAAUCCAGAAAUUACAUGGUAGCUGCCUGACCACUCAUUACUUUCCACAGGCAGCAAAGGCCGGCCAUCUGGAAGUGAACUUCUCCAUCCACAAGGAACAUUAGUAAUUCAGAAUCCAAAGCUGUCAGAUGCUGGCAUCUAUAAGUGCAUGGCUAAGAACCAGCUUGGCAGCGAUUCCACUGUAACAUACGUUCAAGUUAUCUGAGACGAGAAAUGCAGCCUGAACAAUUGAUAACAAAGGCUAAUCAGGAGCCAAAGUUUGGCUUUCAAAUAUGUUUAAUCAAAAGCAGUCAUGUCAGAUUCGUUAAAAUUGCGAUUCUCAGUUUACAGUAGACACAGUAACAGACAGAAAGAUUUGGAGAAAAAUUGUAUCAUGUUCCGAUAUGAAUAUAUUAGAGGUAUUUUUAAAGCGACAUUGAGAACUUAAGGCACUUACAUCUUGACUAAAGACAGUCAAAUGCAUCGCAAUAUAACUUGAAAUAUUUAGUGCAAGGAUGGGUUUGUUAAAAAGUUGUUUCUUACUUCCCAUUUGGUAGUAGUACAAGAAGUAUGAAAUAUAAGAUACGUAAAGAAAAAAGAAGAAAUGGGAUGGCUGUUCGUUACCUUGUGGACAAAUAUGAAUAUUUUGUAUCUAUCUUACCAUUGUUGUUGUUUUUAAACAAAAAGGUGCUGCCAGUUUUGUAAUACUGAAAUUUAGUUCUUUCACGCAGGAGUCCUUUUUUGUGGGGCAAUGGAAGAACCAGUAGAAAAUAGUUUGAUAGGGUUGUGUGUGUUUUAUUUUAAAGACAAUAUGGAUUAUUUUUGUAAAAUAAAAAAGCAAUCAGAUCUGCAUAUAAAGAAGUGCAGAUGUAUAAUUGCCAUUCAGCUGCUAAACAUUUUACAUAAAAAGAAUAAAGUGCCUUUAAGUUUAAUAAGUAUGCAAUGCAUGAGCAGAGACUGAGGAGGAAGCAGUAGGACAGUGUACUUUUCUUCUUGCUUGUUCUGGGCACCUGGAGGCACUGGCUGAAAAAUUGAUGCAAAGAAAGAACCUUUGGUCUACUCCAACAGAAUACAGCUGUCUCCAAGAAAUUGCGCCGAGUACCUUAUUUAUUUAUUGUAAAUAUUUUUAUAUUGCCUGUCAAUUAAGGUAUAUUCUUAGGGCAGCCGCAAAAGACAUCUGUUUAUACGUGCCACAUAGGAUAGAACUUUGACUCUAGUGAUAUAAGGCUGUGCUCUGUCAGAGUAGGAGAACUCUGGAUCCCAGACCGCAGGCUAUGCCAAGAACUCCCACUGCAUUAUAGACUGCUGACCAUACAUGAUUCCCUGCAUCUAGUUUGUUGCAGAACAGGUGAAUAUGCAGCUAACAUGGCACAAAUCUUGAUCCACCAGCCUAAGCCCACAACUGUUGUGUGACACUAUCCCUCCAAGAGGGAAAGCAAGAAUUAGCAACCUUUUUCUACAUGCUUAAGAUGCUAGCUACUUUAUUGGGACCUGAAUAAAAUUCAUACUUCAAAACUCUUUUAAGAAAUGUGCAUUUAACUGGAAAUCUCAAAAUGGCAUACCUUUUCCUGGUAUGUCUGAACUAUAGGAACUUGUGGUUUAUUCUUACUGGCUGCUUAAAAACACACACAUGAGGAUCAAAAUGUAGCAGCCCAGACCUAGAUAUAGUUUACCUGCUCCACUCCUGGAUCUGAAUGCAUGUUUCACUUAUCUUAUCUUGCCUCUCUGCCAAGGCCAAGAGAUGAUGGCAACUCCAUCACACUGCCUCCUGCAAAUAUUACAACCACUAUCAUGCCAGUUGACUAUGGGCAAAACUAUAGCAGGAACAGCCUUUCUCCUGAUGGAAAUACAGUGGUGCCUCGGGUUACAUAUGCUUCAGGUUACAGGCGCUUCAGGUUACAGACUCUGCUAACCCAGAAAUAGUACCUCGGGUUAAGAACUUUGCUUCAGGAUGAUAACAGAAAUCGGGCUCCAGCAGCACGGCGGCAGCAGGAAGCCCCAUUAGCUAAAGUGGUGCUUCAGGUUAAGAACAGUUUCAGGUUAAGAACAGACCUCCAGAACGAAUUAAGUACUUAACCCGAGGUACCACUGUAUGCCGUAUUCCCAGAUUUGGUCUUUGCUGGGUCGAGGACAUCCAGAACCUGAGCAGAUAACAGGAACACCUUGACAGUAUUUUCCUUUGUUCUGCAGUGGAGGAUCUGUUUGGAUGCAAAACUUUCACAAUAUCCAAGAGAAAAAGAGUUCCACAAUUGUGAGCAGCGCAAUGUAAUAAUAUUACCCAAUCAUGUG